GCACCAUCCCAGAACAGCUAUCCCCAGCCAGGCACUGUCAGGGGUCAUUUUCUGUCUGGAGAGCCUGAGCACGUGGACAUAGAAGAUGUGUGAGGAAGAAGACAGCACUGCACUUGUCUGUGACAAUGGGUCAGGGCUCUGUAAAGCUGGCUUUGCUGGGGAUGAUGCUCCCAGAGCAGUUUUCCCUUCCAUCGUGGGUCGUCCCAGGCACCAGGGCGUGAUGGUCGGUAUGGGUCAAAAAGACAGCUACGUUGGUGACGAGGCUCAAAGCAAGAGAGGAAUCCUGACCUUGAAAUACCCCAUUGAACACGGCAUCAUUACAAACUGGGAUGAUAUGGAGAAGAUCUGGCAUCACUCUUUCUAUAAUGAGCUCCGUGUUGCACCUGAAGAACACCCGACUCUGCUUACUGAAGCACCACUGAAUCCCAAAGCCAACCGAGAGAAAAUGACCCAGAUCAUGUUCGAGACUUUCAACGUGCCAGCCAUGUAUGUAGCCAUUCAAGCUGUUCUGUCGCUCUACGCUUCUGGACGUACCACAGGGAUUGUGCUUGAUUCUGGGGAUGGUGUCACCCACAAUGUGCCAAUCUAUGAAGGCUACGCCCUGCCACAUGCCAUCAUGCGUCUGGAUCUGGCUGGCCGUGACCUGACAGACUACCUCAUGAAAAUCCUGACAGAACGUGGCUACUCCUUUGUGACCACGGCUGAGCGUGAAAUUGUCCGUGACAUUAAGGAGAAGCUGUGUUACGUAGCCCUGGACUUUGAAAAUGAGAUGGCCACUGCUGCCUCUUCCUCCUCUCUGGAAAAAAGCUAUGAGCUGCCUGAUGGUCAGGUGAUCACCAUUGGAAACGAACGCUUCCGCUGUCCAGAGACCCUCUUCCAGCCAUCUUUCAUUGGCAUGGAGUCCGCUGGCAUUCAUGAAACCACUUACAACAGUAUUAUGAAGUGCGACAUAGACAUCAGAAAGGACCUUUAUGCCAACAACGUGCUGUCUGGAGGCACUACAAUGUACCCGGGUAUUGCAGACAGGAUGCAGAAGGAAAUCACUGCUCUGGCUCCCAGCACUAUGAAGAUCAAGAUAAUUGCUCCUCCUGAACGUAAGUACUCCGUCUGGAUUGGAGGCUCGAUUCUUGCCUCCCUGUCUACUUUCCAGCAGAUGUGGAUCAGCAAACAGGAAUAUGAUGAAGCUGGCCCAUCCAUUGUCCACCGCAAAUGCUUCUAAAUUGCUUUAUCUUUAUAUGACUCCUUAGCAUAUUACUGUGAAUGUAUUGAGGAAAAUACAUCCUUAAUUUCAUUCCAUAAAGCCUUCAUCAUAAUUACUCUAAUUGGAUACUGUGUAUUUUGGGGGGAAUACAUUUUAAAUAUGUUAUGAAA